AUGACUUCCCCAGCUGGCAGGGAGGUGAGAGAUAUGCCAUCUGGCUUGGCUGGAUGGGAGAGGCACCAGCUGAGCGGCAAGCGGGUAUGGAAUGAAGUGUUCAGCGGCGAAGGCAAGCGCUACCUGAGUACAGUCGACCCACGAAGAAGUAACUGGACAAGAUAUCUCAGACCAGCACCUGACAGGGACUCUGCUAACUUGGUUGUGGUACCUCGGCCCAUGCUGGAACCAGGAGAAGAGACCUCAGGCGUGGGCGGCAACGUGGGCGGCGUGGGCGUGUUCCUCAUCACGACCCAGGACGUGAGUGUGGGUCAAGAGCUGAUGUUCUGGGCGCACGACCCGACCCUCGCCUGGUCACGCAAGAAGAUGGAAAAAACGAACUGUGGUGGUUGCAACAUGAAGUUCUCACACCCGUUGUAUUACCGGAUGCACUGCUCUGUCUUCCACGACCCAAACUAUUCUCUCACCAUCCGCAAGUACCACUGCAAGGUGUGUGGCCUGGCGGUGUUAGGGAAGGAGAACAUAAUGCGCCACGCAGCUGAGCAACACGAGGGGCGUGGUGCCUACCAGUGCCAAUACUGCAAGAAGUUUUUCCUGCGCCUACACUCGUUGGACAUGCACGUCACUUACUCCUGCGGCCGUAACCCAGCCCGUGUCUUCCCGUUGUGUGACUACUGCGGGAAGAAAUUCUGCCAACCACAACACCUCCGCUCGCACCAAAAGCGCAUGCACGCAGACAUGGCCGAAGUCCUGAGGGAAUUCCAGUGCAAGUUGUGCUUCAAGAUCUUAGGUUCCCGGGCGGCGCUGCAGAGACACUUGAAGGAGGUGCAUCACAAGGACUUGAGCACGGGCGCGACCUGUGACCGAUGCGGCAAAAUGUUCCAGAACAAAAGCAAUCUCAAGAUCCAUAUGUUGACGCACUCGGGAGUCAAACCGUUCAAGUGCAUCGAGACCAGUUGCAACGCGGCCUUCACCACGAAGCAAUGCCUGCAGUUCCACUACAAGAAGGUGCACGGUUACUCGGGCGACAACAUGCCCAAGAUCGAGCGCUGCAUCCCGUACACCUUCGACUCGUACUCGGGCGGCCUCGUCAACGACCCGUCGAGGAAGGCCGCGCCCGAGCCCCGUUCUGAGCCCGAGCAGCCCGAACCCAGCACGCCCACGCCCACCGAACCGCCAGCUCCCGAGGACUCGUCCCAGAGUUCCGACCCGCCCCUCGCGCCGCUCACGCCCACGGAGGGGCCUCCCACAUCGCGCGCCGACCUCCUCCUCGCCGCGGCCGCCAAGCUGCCUCCCGCCGCGACGUUGCACGGCUACGUGACCAAGUACGCCGCCGCCACCCGGCUGGUGAGCAAGGGCUCCCGCAAGUGGCUCGGCGACCCCAUGGACAUGCCCGACCGCGACUACAACGACAGGGACGUGUACGACUUCGACGACAAGCUGGAGGAGGACCUGCUGCAGAAGAGGAAGAAGGACGAGGAGUGCGGUGGCGAGGACAAGCUGUACCGGCGCGAGUCGACCGCCUCCCUGCUGGUGGAGGCGGCGCUCAACGUGGCCGAGCAGAACAUGAAGAUGGACAGCCGCAACAUCGGCAGCCACGACCGCCUGCUGGGCUACAGCGGCCGGUACUCGCCGCUGCCGCCCGCGACGGUCGUCACGUCCAUCGAGCAGAUUCUGCCGCACGACGCCGCCCUCGCCACGCACAUCAAGUACACGACCAGCGCCGCCGACGACGAGCGGGCGCACCUCGAGUACACACUGGAGCGAGAGUACGACCCCCGAGACCUCCCGGAAGUGAUGGUCGUGCACGAGACGAUAGGCUCCCGAGACCUGCACGACCAGCUCAGCCACGACCUGCAAGACAAUCUGCACGCCGCUCUCGACCAUCUCCCACCCACCUCCGUCAACGACGACCUGCACCAUUCCCACCACCACAUACAACACUCGGACCACGCCCACAAUCUCGCCCUUGUCAAAUCCGACGAGUUGCCACCACCCACGCCCGCAACGCCCGUGGAUCCAGGAACGCCCAUGGCCCCGCCCACGCCUCUGAGUUCAAGCGGAGGUCUCGAGCCAACGCUGCACGUGCUGGACCAGCUGCCCGUGACCCAGGGCCUCCCGGUGUCGCUGUCCUCCCUGUCGGUGGGCCUCGACAUGAGCUACAAGCACUACCGCCACGCCGAGCUGACCCCCGUGAGCCAGGAGCACUGCCUGGCCGGCCAGCUCGACGACUCCGAGGCUUCUAUGGGGCUGGACCCCAUGGGUGAGAGCGGGCAGCUGUCACCUCGGAACGACCACCUGGCGGAUCAGCUGCCGCUGCCCGAGCUCCAGCCCCACGACUUCCGGGGGCUAGCCGCCCUGCGCUCGCCGGAACCCCCGAGGUCGCCGUACCUGUCCCCGAGUCCCACUCCCGACGCGCUCCGCUCGUAUCCCGCGAGUUCGGACGGAAUGCGCUCGCCUCUGCCUGUGGACCAGUGCGUGGACAUGUCGCGCGGAAACCUCUUCAUCCGCCCCGCCGACCUGGCCAGUCUGCAGCAGAGGUACCACGGGGAAGUCAGUCACCAGUCCGGGAGGACGCAGCUGUACGAGCUCGAGCGCGUCCCCUCUCACACGAUGGACCUCAGCAUGACGGGCCGCACCCUGACGUACACGAGCGACGCCCUGAGACCAGGCACGGUGUGCACCACGGUGUAUGUGGCUGAUUCCCACCACGACGAUCGCCAUUCCCUCGACCUCACGCUGCCCAGACACGACCCUGAGUUGCACAGAGCGAAUUCCCCCCUCCACGGCCCCCCCGUGACCAGGACCAUUUCAUCUCCCUCACAGUUAUCUCCUCACAAUCAGUUAUCUCCUCACAACCAGCUCUCGCCUCACAACCAACUGUCCCCGAAUAAUCAGUUAUCGCCCCACAACCAGCUCUCCCCCAAUAACCAGCUGUCUCCCCACACCCAAUUGCCUCCGUACUCCCAGCUGUCUCCCCAUGGUCAGAUGUCUCCGCUCGUGAGUCUGGGUAUGGUGGAGCGGGGAGGGGUCGGGAGCCCCCCUCUCUCUCCUACGGCUAACCCCCUCCCCCCCAUCAGCCGCAUCGUGGCCCCCUCGUCUCACUCUCCGUUGCUAACCUCGCGCCAAAUGUCUCCAAUACCAAGAUCGGAGCUGUCGCCCUCGUUCACCACGCACACCCACGGGGAGCUGUUCGUGACGAGUGGUGCCAUCCCCCUGCAGCCCAGCACGCCUGGCCCCCCUCUCACCCCCGGCCCCCAGCUCAGCAAGGAGAGAUCCUCGUCUCCCUAUAACCAGUAUCCUUCGUCACCGUACCCCAGGCACCAGCACCACUCUUCCCCGCCUCCCUCGUACCACUACCAGUAUUACUGA